CACGGCAGACGCAUGGCCCGUAUGCUCAUCUCAGGCAGGAUCGCCGAGGUCACCUCGCUUCCGUGGCUUCUGGGGUAAAUCGACCCUACGAAUCUAAGCCAAUGGGUCCUCAGCCUCCAUUUCCAACACCCGGCUACCUAUCAUUGACCGAGGAAGCUUGUACAGCCUUGUCCGAUCCAUCAUUAUCUCGCAAGCUUCUCAUACUGGACUUGAACGGAACUCUUCUCCAUCGACCUGACCGUAUGCAUGUCCCAAAAUAUGGACCUCGGCUGCGCCCAGUUCAUCCGCGUCCGUACAUGGCAGCAUUCCGGUCGUACCUCUUCACACCGGAGACGAAAUCGUGGCUUGACGUAAUGGUGUGGUCCUCCGCACAGCCGCACAGUGUUGCAGACAUGGUUGACAAGUGUUUCGGAGAACAAAGGGGUGACCUCGUCGCAAUCUGGGCGAGAGACACUCUCGGGUUGUCCGACGAUCAGUACAAUUCCAAGGUACAGACACUCAAGGAUCUCUCCAAGCCUUGGUCACAGCUCCCAGCCUUACACUCCUCGCUUCCCUUCGGGCAAGGUUUGAAUGCAGGGCCAAGUGCCGCAUUACGGGAUGCUCCUAGUAAAUCGGUGCAAGUACAUUCAGCGUUGACGACGCUCUUGCUGGACGAUUCGCCACUGAAGGCCGCAAAGCAGCCGUACAACCACGUGUGCAUCCGCGAAUAUGACGCAAAACGACGUGCGCUUGACUUGGAGAGUUUUCGGAAAGAGCAGGAUUGGGAACAGAUACUCCUGACGCGGAAGCAGCUGGCUGAAAAGAAGAACCCUGUGGAUGCUUCUCAAACAAGAAAGCCAUCCGGUGGCGCCCGUAAUGUCCUGCAAGAAGCGAAUGAUGAGGAUCGCUUGGAAGAGACGGACUCCCAUAAAUUCAAGAAGCCAAAGUUCGAGAACAAGCGAUCGCAAUUGUCAACGGCUGCGGUAGAAGGUUCAACGCGGCGUGAAGGGGUUGUGGAUCUGCCACUAUCUAAUACAUCAUCUGAAGAUCUCCGGUACGGAGAUGCUGAUCGCCCGAAGCGCCAAAGGUACCGCAAACGACAAGUGCGAAUUGAAGCUCUCGCACAAGGCCUGCACUUGCAAAAGCCGGAGGUGUUGUACGACGAGACCCUGCUUGCAGUGAUCGGCAUCCUUGACCAGGUCAGGCGGCAGAGUAACGUCGCGGCAUGGCUACGCGCAGGAGGUUUGUGGGGACCAGUGGGGCGACCCGGCCCCAUUGUGGGGAACGAUGGUAUGAUAGUAGUCGAGCCCGUUGGUUCUUCAAACGCUGGUGACGCUGGAGAGAUUUCGGCCAUAGCAGGGGCUGCUGGCCCGAUGUGGUUCGAGUACCCGGCAACCAUGGACUCUUGGGCGAGACGUGGGAGGAGAGCGCUUGAAGGACUAGGUAUACCUGUUGAGCAUGGAAUGGUGCGCUAGAGGCGGAUGUGCUCAAACGCUAAGUAUAGCAGCGCAAGUAGUGCUUAGUGCACCAUACGGUGCUUACACAUCUCUAUUCUUGUUGUGAAGCGGUUGUUCCUACGGCUGACUGUGGU